AUGUCUUCUGUGGUAGAUUGCCUUCUGUCCCUUAGGGCAUAUGUGGAGUCUGCAGAAGAUGUUAUUAGUGCUUCAAGCUCACCGUCUAAGAGUGGGUAUUUGUCGAGGAAGAGGUGGAAAUUCAUAGAAGUCGAUAAAAUAGACAGCACAGACGUAUCCAGAGGCGAUUCUUCUCAAAGUGGGCAAAAUUCUCCAGCUAUAGGAGAGGGGAAGCGCAGGAACGUUUCAGAUUUGAAAUUUCAGGGUGUUUUGAGAAACUCUGUGACAUCAGGUGUGCUAAUGUUUUCCAUUGAUUAUACUCAUCGUCACUUACAUCUUGUCUUUAGCUAAUCAGGGUCAUUGGUGACUCAAGACAGUACAUAAUGUUUAGGUCACUGUGGAAGAAAAUGCAAAGGACUCAUUCUUGAGUCACUUGAGACAGUACCAUUGUCAAAGUUUCCAUAGGUGGAUAAUGUGGUCUGAACAUGCUGCUUAGGUUUCUAAUUUUGGUGAUUAAAAACCAAAUUACUGCCCCAGGGAUUUGCUCCAUGUGCACUUUCGUAACAUUCUUCGGCUUGUAUCUCCUGAGCCAAAGAAAACCUUUUGUCAAGUAGAAGAUGAUGAGGGUGAAAUGCCAGAAAGUAGGAUACUAUUGAUUGACUUUGUCAAUGUAAAGAGGCGUUCCGAAUAUAUUAGGAUUUUGUCGUUCAUCUCUUGUCAAUUUAUUACAUUCGCUUGAGAUGCAAGAUAAAAACACAGUUCCAUUCAUCUCGAAAAUCUACAUACGUGAUUCUUGUGGAAAUGUCCAGUUUGUUAGUAACUCAAUCAACAUCAGACCAGUUGCUUCUAUAAGAAUUAUAAAUAGUUAGGGAACCUAGAUUUUACUGGCACUUUAAUCCUUGUAUCUUAAUUUACAACUGUGUAGAUAGGUGCUCUCUGUAUUCUCAUAUGAAUGGCUUAAGGAAUUUUGGAUUCGAUCAUAAGAUUCCUUUUUUUAAAAAGAACUCUGGAGAUUGCAUGUGAUAGAAUCGGGGCAAUCUGGUGCUAGAAUAUAGCUAUGAUGGUUUUCAGUCUAUGUUGAUGGUUUUUUUGAACUUUUCAAAUUCAUGAAGUACUUUCACUUUACAUCAGUGAAAUGAUAUGAUAUGAUAUGAUGAUUCUUGACCAUUUUACUGAUGGAUAUGCUUCUAAACGGAUUACGGAGCAUUCAAAAUUGUGUGCAUAUGUAGCAUGAAUUACAUGUUUUACCUUUCUGCAGAAUCGGCCUCUGCAUUGUUACACCAUGUUGGAUACAAGUUUCAUGAGGUUUUCCAACUAAAACAAGGGCGCUACUCAGAACUUUCUGCUUCCAAGAUUUCAGAAAUGAUGAAAUCAAAUGGAUUAGAUGUAUGCCAUUUGCUCUGAUUUUUGUCCUUGUUAUCCUCCGUGUGAAAACCUUGAUCUUACAUGUUUUUAUUCUUGUUAUCUUUCUGCUUGCAGAAUGCACCUACUCAAUCACUUUUGAGUGUUGUGAAUGGGAUUCUCGAUGAAAGCAUUGAGCGGAAGAAUGAUGAGAUACCUCAUGUAUGCUAGCUGAUUUCCUCUAUAGCUAGUUUUCUCUUCUUGAAUGACAGUUACAUUGCUGUUAUUUUUUUACUUGUUACUAUCUGUUCUCCCUUAAUUUUACAUGUUUCUGAUGCUUUUUCCUGUAGCGUGUUGCUUGUUUACUAAGGAAGGUUGUGCAAGAGAUAGAGAGAAGGAUUUCAACUCAAGCAGAGCACAUAAGAAAUGUAAGAUGUGGCUGAACAUCUAUUAUUCCCAAAAUAAUAAGAUUUGACGUUAACAUAUUGUGCCAUUUGCAGCAAAAUAAUCUCAUUAAAGCACGUGAGGAGAAGUAUCAAUCAAGAAUUAGAGCAUUGGAAACACUUGCAACAGGAACAAGUGAGGAAAGUCAGGUAUGCGCCUUAUUAUCAAACUAUUAUAGACGUUACAUUUUUCGGAUUAUUCUUAGAGAUUUGACGCAAAAAUGUCUUUUGUUGCAGAUGGUGACAAACCAACUCCAGACAAUUAAGGUUCUCUGAGUGUGUCUUUCAUCAAUUACUUGGUUGAUAAUACCUUAUUCGUUUGAAUACAUUAGAACUAAAAUUUUCAAUGCACAUCUUCCAACUUUAAUUACUGUUGGGUAAUCGAAUAAUUUACUCUAUAGCCUCUUUUACCAUGCGGCCAUGCAGUAAUGACUUUGUUUCUUCAUAUCUUUUUGGGGAAAUAUCAUGAUUACUAGUUUCUUCCAGAUUGGGAUACGCAUAUCUUGUAUAAUAUUUAGGUACUACAAAAUAUCUGAUGGGGUUGUUUAUGCUGUCUUCGUGUUUUAGAUAAGGCUGUGGGCCACAAUAGAAUGCUCUUAUGCUCUUAUGGUGAGAGUAAAGUAGGCUUGGGUUCGGAUUCUUCAAACACUUUUCUGAUGUUGUAUUUAAUCCAAAAAAAGCAAUUCCGAUAUAUUUGCCUUGUUGGUGGUGAAUGUAAUUUUUUAUGAAUCAAAGUUGAAACAAGGAGUAAAAAGGAAGGUGAGAAUGUCAAAAAUAAUGCUCUUUAUCUACUUGGGUAGUGGGAGAUUCCUGAGGAGUCUCUGACCUGUGGGUAUGGGUUGGUCUUCUGUUCAUACUGCCCUUCUUCUCCAUAUCUAGAAUGGUAUGUAAGUAACCUAACAAUGACAAUACGGAAAUGUGUUCUGAUUGAGAUGUCUAAGGUGAGAAUAAGGGUUAGUUACCUCAACAUUGUGCUCUUUAGAUCACUUAUUCUUCUAGGUUAUCGGUGGAUUCCAACUGUGUUCCAGCCUAGAUAUCACAGACACCCUAGGCCUCUGUGCCUGUGCCACUGCCAUGGUUGCUUUUCUAGCAAAGAUUGCCGAAUUUUUCCUUUCAAUUAUCAUGUUGCUUGCUGAUAGACGUUUGCUCUCUUGCAACUGGUGGGAAUCAACUCAUUAUCGUUGAUCUCUGAAAAUGACUGGCAAUGACUUCAUUGUUGCUUUACCUUUGGUAUUUGUUAUUCAUAAAUGGUUUUUUCUGAAAGGGUAAAAUAUUUUCACAUAGCAUUUCGGAGGAGAAUUGGCAUUGCACCUUGUCAAUAUGGCUCUUUCUUGAAACUUGCUUUCCCUCUGUCAUCGAAAUGAGUUUUACUUCUGCAUCAUACUUGUCAUUCUCUAGUCGAUGUUAAUAAAUUUUGUUAGACUUCGGCGCCAGACUUUAUCAAACCUAAAAUCAGACCUUAGAUAACUUGUCUGGUUGGAAUGACGUUAUUUCAGGUUUUCUAAUGAACAAUACUUCUUUGUAUAGCAUAGCCAGAUUUAAUGUGCGUUGGCCAACCCAAAAAUGGUCUGCAGACUUUUUAAUUCUCCUCUGAUCACUUGUUGAUGCAUUAUACUCUAAAAAUACAUAUUCACAUCAAUGCAUCAUCUCCGAAUCGAUAGUCUGAUUCUUGGUCAAUCUCAAAGCAAUCUGAACCAAUUGUUGGUUAUCCAGAUGCGGGAUCUGAUUAUAUGGUUCAUUGAAUGCCAUUCAUUUUUUUACGGAUUAGUAGACUAUCAGCACCAGCCUUCAAAGCUGUGUUAGCUUUAACUUAUUCAUAUCUAAUUUCCAGCUGGACCAUCUUAACUUUUCAAAUGAUAAUUUUUAUCUUGUAUUGCUGACAAAACUUUAGAAAGGAUGCGGGAAAAAACAACUCAUAUCAGUCAUUAACUUCUACCGGUUAGCACAUCUUGUGUUAACCUAGUUUUGAAGAUCACUUGGAUGAGUGAAUAUACCAUCACUUUACACGUACGUGAGUGACUAAAUGACAGCCUUAAAAUUCCGUCAUAUUGUUUCGCUAUGGAUAUUAUUUCAAAUAAGGCAUAGUAAUUAUUUGAAUUGUUUGUGAUUUUGAGAUGAGCAGCCCCGGCAACAAGCUGAUGAUUGCAUUUCAUUUAUCUUCUCCAUUAGAUUUAUUCCCUCCGUAGUGUUGGAAAUGCUUUUUCCUCGUCAUUUAUAUAGUUCACUUACUUUCCAGACAGAGAAGAUUAAACUUGAAGAGAGAAAGAAACAUGAGGAACAAGAUCGCUUCAGGCUGUCAAAAGAAAAGGAGAACAGUGACCUCAUGGUUACCGAACUUAAGCAGGAGAUGGAAAGGAAGAGUAAAUCAUAUGAACAACAUUCUAUGCUGUUAGAGAUGAAAGCGAGAGAAACUCAAGCUGAGCUGGAAGAGAGAAUAAAAGAAAUAGAGGUCCUUCUGCAACAAUCUAGACAGAGAGCUGAAGAAAUCAAGGCAGUUGCUGAAUCAAAAGUUCAGAGCUGGAAUACGAAAGAGCAGAUAUACAAGAAUUUUCUUGGCUCUCAACUACAAGCACUUCAGGUCUGGAUUUUUUUGUCAUGUUUAUGUAAGUUUCUUGUCCCUGUCUGAAACGGAAAGGCAUGGCAGGGCUUGAGAGUCUCUUCCAACUCCGUGAGAAAUGAAGUUAUGAUCGUACAAAGGACAUGCGAGGAUGAGUUUAAAAGCCUGGGUAAGAUGGAUUUUGAAGGCUUUUCUUCUUCUUCUUCUAUGCUAAAUGAAAAUCUAGAUUUGCUGAUACUAUUUGCUUGCUUUCGUUUUGCAAAGGGACAAUGUUCAAAGGAUUAGCAGAAGCUGCUGAGAAUUAUCAUUCUGUUCUUGACGAAAAUAGAAAGUUGUUCAAUGAGGUUCAGGAACUGAAAGGUGUUGGUCACAGUCGAUAACGUCCUGGAAGUUUGAUUAUGAUUACCUUUCACUCACUGUUUUCUUUUCAUCUCUUGGCUAGGUAAUAUAAGGGUAUAUUGUCGCAUAAGACCAUUCCUUCCAGGUCAGAAUAAAAAGCUAUCGACUGUGGACUAUAUUAGUGAGAAUGGUGAACUGCUGGUUGUCAAUCCUUCCAAGCAAGGGAAAGAUGGUCACCGGAUGUUCAAGUUCAAUAAGGUUUUUGGUCCUGCUGCUUCUCAAGGUGCCUAUCUUCACAUCUCCUUCAUUACGUUUUCUUCAAAAAAAAAUUUCGAACAAUAACCUGACGUUGUUCUUCCAUAUGUGAAGUUAUAAAACCUUAGAUUUUUGAGAUCCCUUGGUGAAAUUUUGCACUCAUCACUCUGAAUUGUUCAAACUUUGGCAGAGGAAGUAUUUUUGGACACAAGACCUUUAAUACGAUCAGUUCUUGAUGGCUACGAUGUUUGCAUCUUUGCUUACGGUCAAACUGGAUCAGGGAAAACCUAUACAAUGGUACGGAUAUUACCUUUUUUGAUUUAAAAAACCAGCUGAAUCGAGUUAGAAAAAACUAGGCUUUGAUGCCUUCUCAACCUGUUCUUUUCUAGGACCAGGCCAACCCAGCCAUCAUCUGGUUUCUAACUUCUGGCUUCCAAUUUCUUUCACGCCUACUGCUUAAUGGUUAAACUUAGUCUCAUUCAGCUAUGCCUGGUGGUAAUUCUACGCUUUGCUUUUUUUCCAGAGUGGUCCUGAUGCAUUAUCAAAAGAGGAGUGGGGUGUUAAUUAUCGUGCUUUAGAUGAUCUCUUUCAUAUAUCUCGGAAUAGAAGAAAUACUAUCAGUUAUGACAUUGCUGUCCAAAUGGUCGAGAUAUACAACGAGCAAGUUCGUGAUCUGCUAUUAAGUAAUGGCAUGCAGAAGAAAUAUCCUUUAUGUCAGUAGACUUCUUUAUUUACCGCUUUGCUUUUUUUGUUAUGGAUUUGAGAUUACUUCCAAUUUAGGUCAUUUAAUCUUCGGCUUGCACAUUUGGUGAUUUCGAUUUUUUUUGUUUUUAUUAUAUUUCAUUUUAAGUGUAUUUUCCUUAAGUUGGACACAUUAGGAAUUUGGAGCAGUUCCCAGCCCAAUGGCCUUGCUGUUCCCGACGCAAGCAUCCAUUCGGUGAAAUCUACCGCAGAUGUCCUUGGCUUAAUGCAGCUUGGCCUAGCAAACAGAGCUGUGGGCGCCACUGCUUUAAACGAAAGAAGUAGCCGGUCUCACAGGUUUCCCUUCCGCGAAUCCAACUAUUUCAUGGGAACCAUUUCUACGAUUUCAUAUGAUUUUCAACUGUUUUUCCUUUGCCCGUUGUUCUUGAUUGCAGUGUCCUUUCCGUUCAUGUUCGUGGACUGGACAUGGAGACUGGGGCUUCCUUACGUGGAACUCUUCACUUGGUAGAUCUUGCUGGGAGUGAAAGAGUUGAUCGCUCUGAGGCAACUGGAGACCGGCUAAGAGAAGCCCAACACAUCAACAAGUCCUUGUCUGCUCUCGGGGAUGUCAUUUUCGCACUGGCUCAAAAGAGUUCUCAUGUGCCAUACAGAAAUAGCAAACUGACCCAAGUUCUUCAGACUUCUCUCGGUAUCUCCUUUGUGCUUCUCUCUCUGCUGCUUGAAGUCGGUGAUCAUGUUUGUCUUUUUUCACAUGCCAUAAUUCUAUUUCAGGUGGUCAGGCAAAGACCCUUAUGUUUGUACAGAUUAAUCCAGAGGCAGAAUCAUUCUCUGAGACUGUCAGCACGCUCAAGUUUGCUGAAAGAGUCUCUGGCGUUGAGUUGGGUGCUGCACGGAGCAGCAAAGAGGGCAAGGAUGUUAGAGAACUGAUGGAACAGGUCUGGACAUUGUUUACUGCUAUAUAACGUUAGUUGUCCCGACUAAGUCAUCUGGUACUCAAAAGCUGCUUCUGGGGCACCCUUUGAGUUCUCUUACCAUGAAUGGAAACUGCUACUGACUAGUGUUAAACUUCUCUAGAAAAGGCAAGUUACUAUGCAGAAUCUCAAUCUCUCCCUGCUCCAACCUGAAAUCUGUAAUGUUUCACCUUUCCAUUGAUUUCUUCACUGGAAAUGGUUGUUACUCCACUCGCUUGCAUCCCGUUCAGAGCCCGAGAACCACACUUUUCAGCAUUCAACGACUCUGUAAACUUUCUAUCAUCUCCUUUUCUUUAUUUUUUUUUCUUUUGUGGUCUUGGAUCUUCAUGAACAGAGAAUAUGCCUUCUGGGUAACUCCAUUUCUUCGGAUUAUCCUCGCAAAUCUUGUUAACACCUCAAACAUGUUCUUCAAUCCGCAAGUAGAGAGAGACUUUUGUCUUUUUAGCUUUCUGCAACUGAAAAGGAAAAAUGUGCUUGCUGUUCUAUCAUCUUGAUGGCUCCAGAAGCAUGCCAUCAGUCUCUGAUAUGAUCCAUCCGCCAUCGUGAUCUAUGCAGUUUUAUGUUUCAUAAGCUCAUCCCGUUCUCGCAGGUGGCAUCCCUCAAGGACAUGAUUGCUAGAAAAGAUGAGGAGAUUGGGCAGCUACAACUGCUCAAGGAUCUGAAGACUCAGCCCCUGAGAAUUGAGAAGCAGGCUAUGAACUCCCUGAGACAUUCAUCCUCCUCUCCUGGGCAGCUGUCGCUCGGCGGAAGCCGCAAGCUGGUGGGUAGAAAUCACGGAGGGCUCUCUGACAAAGGAGCUUCUGACUGUGAUAAUACUUCAGGCGACAGUGAUAAGCUCUCUGAGACUGGUUCUCUGCAAUCGAUGAGUGAUUUCGGCAGGCAGAAGGAAGCAUUCUGUCCUCCGAAGCAGGCUGGAGAGAGUGAUCAUCUGGGCUCCGGCUCUGCUGAUUCUGAGGAGAGAGUGAGCGACAUGUCUGACGGCGCCCUUUCCAUGGGAGCAGAGACAGACGGAUCAGUCUCCGAAUCCAGCAAGCCUAUGGAGUUCACAGAGAAGAUGUAA